AUGAGAAGCAUGUCCUCCAAACCUGCAGAUGCAAAUUUUUCCAUUACAGGAAUAGAGUUUCCAAGCCACUUUCAGAACAAGAUGCAGCAGGUACAGCAGGGGGGAAACAGUCAUUAUAACAACACUGAUGAGCAGUACAGUUCUUUAAAGGUGCACUUUGGCCAAGCCCAAUCUGAUCCAGCUCAGCAGUCUGCAGAUGGUUGUAAAAACGAAGGGGACAAACGUCUUACAAACAACUGUUCAUACAAUUUUAAAGUUGAGUAUGAUAGUGAUGCCACUCAAGAUAUAUCGGACAUGCCAGGGGUAAAUAACUCUUAUGUACCAGUACCAAGAGAGGACAAUUUUGCCAAAGAUUAUGCGGCUGCGACCAGCAGUAGCUCCAGAAGCUGUCCGUCUGGUGUGAAGCAGUACGCAUGCUUUGUCUGUGACGAGACAUUCCAGGAGUUAAUGCUGUACACUUUUCACAUGCAAGGACAUCACUAUAAAGCUGGUAGCAUCAAGUGCAGUGAUUGCUCAGAGUUGUUUGAAAACAACAGUGUAUUUUUUGCCCAUCGCAAGCUGUCCACAUAUGAACUGUGGGUUGAUAGGGCUAAAGUCCUCACUGCUCAACAGGAGAUUGUCACAGAGGAGCUAGAAAAAGGGGACAGUUCACCAAAACCUAAGAAGAAAAGGAAAGGCAGAGAAGAGCACUACAUUUGUAGUGUGUGCGGGAAAGUUAUCCACAAGUAUUCCUCUUUUCUGAAGCACAUAGCCACACAUGAUGACGUUAUAGCACUUUCGUGCGGUGUAUGCCAGGAACCAUUCCGUGCUCCGUGCCUGCUGCGCUAUCACAUUGACCUAAACCACUCUCACGUCCAGCCAUUCCAGUGCCGACGCUGCUUGCGCAGGUUCAAACUCAAGUGCUCCUUGUCCACCCACAUGAGAUACUGCGAUAUUGACCCAAGCAAUCUUCCCUACGCUGAAGAGAUGCAGUACAUUGAUCAGCUCAGUCAGCAAAGAAAGUACCAAGGGGUAGAAGGCGAAGGUGAUGGAUUGUCUCAGUUCUCAUGCCCAAUCUGUACAGUGAUGUUUGAUUCCCCAGAGGAUCUGAAAAGCCAUAUGAAUUACCAUGACGAGACCAAACCGCACAAAUGUGAUAAGUGUAGCCGUGGAUUCCGUAGCAAGCAUGAACUGCGCAAACAUAUGCCAGUGCAUGAAACUAAACAUGAAUGUCGCUGUGAAAUCUGCGGUGUCCAGUUACUCACGCUUAGUGGCUACAAUGCCCAUCUGCGAGGCCAUCGCAAUCAGGAGAAAAUUCAGGCAAAGUAUUUCCCAGAGGUCAAGGAAGACACUGUUCCCACAGAAUCGGCAAUGCAGAUCUUAGAAAGAAUGAGAGGGCAAACUAAAAUAGAAGUAACUUCAGAUGCAGAUGCUACACAAGAUGGUUUAACUUCCAAAGGUACCUCAAACAAAAAAGCCAGAUAUAACUGCCCUAUUUGUGGGAUGACGUUUCACAGCGGAGGGGUCAAGUUUCAAAUUCAUGCCAGAAGAGAACACAAGGAGGCUGAAUUUGAUAGGUGCACGGUUUGCAACAAAACUAUUUACGGCAAAGACAACUUGGAAAGACAUCUCCGACAGCACAAAAUGUUUGCAGAUACAUUCACGUGUGAUGAAUGUGGUAAGGUAUUUCGCCGAAAAUUUGCUUUGCAGGUUCACAAAAGGAUGCACAGUUUCAAGAAAUUUGUGAAAUGUGAUAUUUGUGGACAGGAAUUCCGUUUUGUUUCUGAGGUAGAGAAACACAAAAACAAGACACACAGAUACGAUAAAUUGAUCAACAUUUACCGAUGCAGCAUCUGUGGGCAGAAGUUUCCCAUGCUCAGCCAUCUGAGCGUUCAUUGUUACUGUCAUAACAAGCCGGACGCAAAACCGUUUGAGUGCGACAUGUGUAAAGUGUCCUACCAGACCAGCGUGGAUCUCAAGAAGCAUAUAUAUGAAGCUCAUGAUGACCUGAUCAAAAAAGUUAGUGACUCCUCUUUCAUUCUGGGUCCUGAUGAUAACCAUCUCACAUUCCCUAAUGCACCAUUUGCAGAUAACCUUGGGAAAACUGCUGGCAAGGAUAAAACGGGUCAGGGAAAAGUGAAAAAUAAAUCACAGGGCAAAGAUAACAAUGGAGCUGAUGAUUUGAAGCGUGAAACUGAGUCAGCUCAUGAGGAGUCAAAUGAGGAUACAGAAAUUGAAGAGUUACCUGAUGACAGUGAGAAAUCAGAAUCCUUGAGCUCUGUUGAGAAAAUUCUGCGUCUACAGGUGACUUUGCCAAGUAACGUAGAGGCUUAUAAUUUAGCCACUCAGCAGUUUUAUCACCAGACCAAGUUUUUGAAACGCUAUGUAUGUGAAGUUUGUCAGAAGGCCUUUUCUUCCAACUCAGAUUUAAAGACUCACAGAAGAACACACAGUGGUGAGACACCUUUCAAGUGUGAUUACUGUGAGCGUAGUUUCAAACAGCGAGGUCAUCGCAAACUGCACAUUCAAGUGGUUCAUACCAAGGAAAUGCCCUACAAAUGUGAUCAGUGUGACUCUGCCUUCCCAACCCGCUAUCGGUACCAAAUUCAUAUUAAACGCCAUUCAGGCGUAAGAGAACAUCAGUGUGCGUAUUGUGAUAAAAAUUUCUACACGCUUGGAAAACUCAAUGAGCAUAAGAAAAAGAGGCAUUCUGACGACUGGAUCAGGGAGCAGAGAGAGAAGGAUGAAGCAACAGAAUAA